UUUUGUUCAACAACACCGAACCGACCACGAAGUGCGAAGUGUUGUCACAGUUGUUAAUGUCGUACACUUCCAUGUGGCUUUCUUAUAAGUUAUUUUUCAAUUAAUUAACUGCAACACCACUACACAUAAUCAUGGCUCGUAAAAAAGUAACAGUGGUGGUGUUGGGAGAUCUUGGGCGAAGCCCAAGGAUGUUAUACCACGCUCAGUCUCUCGCUAAAGAAAAUUUUGAAGUUCAUCUCGUUGGCUUUGCAGGAUCAACUUUACCCAAAGCAAUCGGAGACUCUAACAAUAUCACUGUCCAUUAUCUUGCUCCAUGUCCAGAUUUCCGUUCUUACUUGCCUCUCCUGAUCGCGUAUCCUAUCAAAGUGCUUUGGCAGAGCUUUGUCUUAUUUUUAUCACUGCUCCUGAUCGGUCGAACCUCAUUCGUACUGGUUCAAAAUCCUCCAUGCAUUCCAACCAUGCCUGUUUGCUGGUUUUUUUGUCGUCUAAUGCAGUCCUGCUUCAUUAUUGAUUGGCAUAAUUAUGCUUAUACAAUUCUGGCGCUUUCUCUCGGCCAGCAACACAAGUUAGUCAAGAUUUCCAAGUGGACAGAAGAGUACUUUGGCAGAAAAGCAGAUGCGAAUCUAUGUGUCACUAAAGCCAUGAAGGAGGACCUAGCAGAGAAAUGGGGAAUCAUAGCAACAGUCCUGCAUGAUCGCCCAAAUGAUGCAUUUAAUCUUAUCUCAGAUGAAGGGAAAUCUGACAGAUUUUCUGUUCGAUCCAUGUUAAGGGACAAGUACAUGGACUUAGCAAAACUGAAGGAGAAACUCCCUGUUUUGGUUUCAAGCACAAGUUGGACGCCAGAUGAGGACUUUUCCAUUUUACUUCAAGCACUUCAAGCCUAUGAUGAAGAUGGCCCGUCAGAGAUGUUAUGUGUUAUCACAGGGAAAGGUCCAGAAAAAGACUAUUACAAGGAACAAAUAAGAAAUCGGCAGUGGAAGAAAGUCAGUAUCGUCACCCCAUGGCUUGACGCAGAAGAUUAUCCUUUAUUGUUAGGCGUUGCAGAUCUAGGAGUGUGCCUGCAUGCAUCCUCUAGCGGUUUAGAUUUACCUAUGAAGGUAGUUGACAUGUUUGGAUGUGGUCUUCCAGUAUGUGCCCUAGAUUUUAAGUGUUUAGGCGAGCUGGUGAGGCACGGAGAAAAUGGUUUCGUGUUCAAGGAUUCCUCUGAUCUUCAUCGCCAAAUCCUAAACUGGUUUAGAAACUUCCCAUCUUUGCACCAAGAUAAUCAGCUCAUCAAAGACAAUGUGAAAACAUUCAGAAAAACAAUGUGGCAUGCUAAUUGGUGCAGCAAUGCUAAACCUUUAUUUUCUUAAAUUAAUAGUUUUUUUCUCAAGUAUUAGAGCUUGGAAAUGAAUUUGAUGAGAGACUGAAAUUCAUUGCGCACCCAGUAAGUGAAUGUGUGUAGCAAAAAAUUUGAUAAGUAAGCUUAAAACUCUUGUCUUGUCACUUUGUCUGCCUUUCUUUUUCAACUAUCUAUUCGAUUUUUCAAAUCAAACCAGCAAAUAUUUCCCAGAAGUCACAAAACUCAAAUUGAGUGUAGUACCUGUAUUAGUAGAGAAUCACCAUGAAGCGGUCGGUUUAAAUUGGCCUCCCCAUCUCAGGCUUUCUUGGAGCUCUUUGGACCCAAUAACGGUGAAUUUCGGAAAUGUAUACUAGAAUAACUGAGAAUGUGAUUUUAUUUCCAAAGAAUCCCUAUGAAUUUAGCCUCAAUUUCGUGAAUCCAAAAA